GUAAGGAUACCACAAUCUAAAUAGUGAUAUUAUGGAAACUAAAUAGUUAAACUCUGCAUCUCCUUAUUAAAAUCACUGUAUAAGAAAUCUUGAAUUCUAUAUGGUGUGCUAACAUUAUAUUUGUGAUGUGAAUGAGUUUUUUAAGUGGUAUCACCUUUUAGCACCAUAACCACUCAAGUCGCGGUUAAAAGCUAAUACCCAUUUAGUUACUAAGUAGUUUAUUGGCAUAAAUAUAUUUUCUCUUAAAUUUUACGACUGUUACUUUAUGUCAUGUGCCAUUUAACUGUAAUUUCCUAGAGUAAUAAAAAUAAGCGGAGGCAUAACUGGGUUAGUUGUGAUGAUUGACGACAAAUACAAUAGGCACUAUACAUUUUUUACUUAUCAUCAAUAUAGCACUUAUACACAUAUAUAUAAGGUCAUGUCAUGAACAAUAAAUAUAGUCAAUGGUUGUGAUUGAUUGAAAAAAUGAUUGUCACACUUUUCGUGUUUCGAAGGACUCGUUACCCGUUAUACUAAUAAGUCAAAUCAGGCACCUUCAUGUAAAACGAUGGCGACUUAAUAGAGUUGUAGUUAUAGUAGGUAAAUAACGUAAUAAUUAUGUUACUUCCUUACUUUGGUACUUAGAACAAAUGAUUUGAUUAAUAAAAAUAUAUAAGUAGUGAUGACAUAACACUUCUCCGUGUAGUACUCGUAACAGAGUAUACAAUUUAUCACCAAAUUCUUUCGCUUUCACACGAAUUACAAAUGAUUUGCAAUACACGCCCUAGACAAACGGCAAGCGAAUCCAUUGAUGGAAUCGUUAUCGAAAGCGAGUCCAUGAGUUGGAAUGGGACGUCUAACGUUGCUAUCUCAUUCUAUCACGGACUCGCUAGCGAUGUCGGAUCACCGCCAUACACCGCGAUACACCGCCUGCGUAUACCGAUAGCUAAAGUGGAGUUACUAUUUCCAUUAUCACCCAUAAAAAAUACCCUAUCAACUUGUCCUCCAUGCGAUUCCUCUUGAAAAUCAUCGUGGUUAAGUAUUUUUAAAUUCAUCACGAUAGAUCAAUUGAUCUGCUUCAUUAUAGUGCCUCGCCAGUAUAUGCAAAUAUCGUAUAGGUCAUUAAAAAAUACAUGCUCAUAUUAAAGCGUCAAGAGAUAUUAAACUCUUUUUCACAUUUUAUAUUGUCUUAUCAUAACUUUUCCUCUGUACGACUUGUACUAGGACUUAAUAAACAUAUCUACACGUUCAUUCCAUGAACUCAACACAACAGUCUAUCACCAUUGUUUACGCGUUACUCAUGUGUCGAUAAAUUAUAUAAAUAUUGUCGAGUGUUUAAAACAUUAAUUUAAAAUAUUAUUAAAUUGCUUUCGAAUCCAUCACAAAAAGAAAUAUUACAAAAAAUAAAUACUAAAAAAAUACUCAAAUUAAAAGACUUACAUUGUUUGAUAGUGGCGAUAAUAGAUAAUAUUUUUAAAUAUGAUUGGUAUUGGAGGUUUAAUCAAUAAUUUAUGGUGGGGAGGAAACCCAGACGAAGUACACCCCAUCACUGGUCUCUCCCGCCGUGAUGUAUACGCUAUACAACGCUCGUGGUCACAACUGUAUUCGAACCCUGGCAAAUAUGGUCUACUACUAUUUAUUAAACUGUUCAGAGCCGAUCCUGAAACGAAAUCAUUCUUCAAGGCCAUCCAAAAUAUAGGAGAAGAUGAAAUCUCCAAGAGUUUUCAGUUCAGAGCUCACGCAAUCAAUUUGAUGACGGCCAUCAACGCGGCGGUCGUCAGCCUUGAUCAACCUGAGGUGGUGAUCGUGCUCAUGAACAAACUUGGCGAAUCACAUCAUAGGAGACACGUAGAAAUAAAACAUUUUAAGGUAGUGAAAUCAGUAUUAGUAAAUAUAUUGAAGACCGAGUUGAAAGCCAACCAAGCCCUCGUAACCUCGUGGGACCGAUUUGUGGACUUCAUUUACAAACAUAUAUUUGAGAAAUUAAAUAGUCUGACAAAUUGAGAAUGAAGAUUAUAUACAAAUGUAUACUGUAGAGGCAAAUGAUUUAAUUUUAUUUCAAAGACCUUACAUUUAUGUAACUGAUAUAGACUUAUACCUAUAUUUUUGUAGCCUGCAAAAAAAUAAGAAAUAAUAAUAUUUACGUAUGGUAUUUUGAAUUUGUUUAUAAUUAUAUUUUAUUUAUAAAACUUGACAAAUUGUUAAAGAAAUAUUAUUAGAUUAUUGUGUAAAUUAUU